UAAAAUUAAUUGAGAAAUUUUAAAAAAAAAUGAUGAUGGUUGAUUCCUUCACCAAAGUCUUUCUUGUAGCUGUGUGUCUUUCAACCUUUAGCUUCGGCAGUUUAGAGGAUCUAACGCGAUGGUACUACUUCUGUUCCAACGCAACCACUUUGACCGGAAACAUCGUCUAUGCCGCGAAUGUCGAUCAGCUCUUCUCUUAUCUCUCAACCAAAGCGACGGAGCACGACGGAUUCUUCAACACCACCGCGGGACAGGAGCCUAACAUGGUGUAUGGUCUCUUUCUCUGCCGUGGGGAUGCCCGUCCUGAAAUAUGCCGUGACUGCAUCAACCUUGCUGCUGCCGAUGUAGUUAAACUUUGUCCUAACCAAAGUUGGGCUAUUAUUUGGUAUAACCAGUGCAUGCUACGUUACUCGAACCGGUCCAUCUUUUCCUCCAUGGCUGAAAGACCUAAUGUAAGUUUGUCGUACAGGGUAGACGCCAUGGAACCAUACCGCUUUAACCGGCUGGUUGCAACUGUGAUGAAAGAUAUUGCAACUCGGGCUCCAAACGCUACAUCCAGGACUAAAAAGUUUUCUACGAAAGAGGCAACUUUUAAUGCGUUCCAAACACUUUACAGCCUAGCACAGUGCACACCCGACAUUUCCAGUGAGGAUUGCUACAGAUGCCUCCAGGACGCUAUUGCAGACUUGCAAUUCCAUUUAGGUGGAAAACAAUCAGGAUUUGCUAUGUACCCUAGCUGUACUGCACAAUAUCAGACAAGCCCUUUCUAUAGCCUAAACCAAACUGGAUUAGCUAAGCCCCCAGUCUCGCCUCAACAUCCUCUUCUACUCCCUCCACCUCCUCCUCCAGGUAAAAGGGGGAUAUCAUCACAGACAGUGAUCAAAAUUGUUGUUUCAACGGUUGGCUUCUUGGUUUUGUCCUGUUUCUUAUGUUGUGUUCUUGGUUGGAAAGCAACCAAGAAACUAACUGCGCGAAAAACCAGAAAUGAUGAACUCAAAGCCAUGGCAUUGCAAUCUCUGAGAUUUGAUUUGAGUAUAAUUGAAGCUGCUACAAAAAACUUCGCUGAAGUUAACAAGAUCGGUGCUGGUGGAUUUGGCAGUGUAUAUAAGGUAUGGAGACAAUGGAAAAAUGGGACACCAAUAGAAGUGAUGGAUUCAGCCUUAAGAGAUUCUUAUGUAAGCAAUGAAGUUGCAAGGUGCAUUCACAUCGCCUUGUUGUGCGUUCAACAAGAUCCAGAAGCAAGGCCACCAACGGCGAAAGUUGUUCUCAUGCUCAGUAGUUCCUCGGUUACUUUGCCAUCACCUCAAAGAACAACAUUCUAUUUUGGCACCAUUACUAAAGGAAAGCCUUCGAUUAUGAAUUAUAAAUCCAAUCAAUCAACAAGUAGUGCCUUGUGUCACGGACUUAGGUUUUUCCCACGCGAUCCGUGCGGCCUUAGGAAACUUCUUCGCUCAAAAACGCCUAAGUCAGCCUAACUUGCAAUGAUAAAGGAUUCAACGUAAUUCCCUUACUGUUUCCACGAAGAACAGCAGAAGAACGAAGCAAGAACGAACCUUGAAAGAUGAACAAAAGCAAGAACGCUUGAGAGAAAAGUUUGAGUGAAUACUCUCAAAAUUCUUAUUUACAACUAAAUGAAUUACAAUGAGCAAAGAGGUCUCUAUUUAUAGUUGAGCCUCAAAGUACAUCAAGGACUACAAUUAAAAGCUGUAUACAAUUAGAACUCUAAGACAAAAUU